UUGCUUAGAUUGGCACGGUAUAAUGGCGAUUGUAUGUCGAGGGGCGAAGAAACAGAAAAUAAGUCAUGAAAGACCAUCAAGCCCACUUCGAAAUGGAGAUUACUUUAUCUCUAAUACCUACCAAUCUACGAUUUACAGAAAUGGGAUGGUGGCUUGCGUUGAAAUGUGUUUCUUCUGCUUUGAUGUUCUAUACUGUCACCUAAAUCAGUUUGAACCUCCAAAGUCUCCAAACUUUCCAAAUGACAGAUAUCCUCUGUUUGUAACAUGGAAGAUAGGAAAGGAUCGCAGGUUACGGGGAUGUAUAGGUACUUUCAAUGCCAUGAACCUUCAUUUGGGUCUUAGAGAAUAUGCAUUGACAAGUGCUUCUAAGGAUAGCCGGUUUAGUCCCAUUACAAGAGAAGAAUUCAGCAAAUUACAUGUGUCUGUUUCUAUACUUCGACACUUUGAAGAAGGAGAAGAUUACCUCGACUGGGAGAUUGGAAAACAUGGCAUUCACAUUGAAUUUACUACUGAAAAGGGCUCAAAGCGUACAGCUACUUAUCUACCUGAAGUUGCACUAGAACAAGGAUGGGAUCAUAUUCAGACAAUUGACUCUUUACUGAGAAAAGGUGGCUUCAAAGGAACUAUUACCAAGGAAAUUCGUCAUUCAAUAAGAUUAACUCGGUAUAGAAGUGAGAAGAUAGCAGUAAGUUAUCAAGAAUAUAAAGAAUUUUUACAAGGUCGACGCUGCUAGCAUCUCUUUACUUAGUAAGAAAAAUUGAGCUGUAUGACAAUUACUGGGAGUUUUCGGUUUAUUCUGACCUGUUAGACAUGAAUAAGAGGACUCUCAUUGUUAGUGCCUCCAAUGAUUUCUUGUCCAUAAGCAACAAAAACUACAACUUAAAAGAUUGCUAAGAUAACUGAAAUAGGUUUGAAGGUAUGAUACUGUGUGAAAAUGGUUUAAUGUGAUGUGUAAAGUUAAUGUAAUUUUACCUUUAUGGUUGCUUUAAUUACUUUACAAUCAAAAGUUGCACACACAAAAGUAUAAAACACAAUACUUAGUUAUAGGACUUGAAUAUAUUCAAAAACAUUCCUUGUAGUAUUUAUUAUUUUGGACUGUUUGAUAACAUAAAUAGCCUUGGAAUACUAUACCUUGUUUCUCUUACAUGAACCUUGCUUUUAAGACGUAUUGCAUUUCUUUGAAGCUCUAUUUUAAAAACUAUGUUAACAACGUUGUAAGUUAAUUUUUUUAAACAAACAACAGUUGUAACAGUAGAUUUUGAAGAAGAGAUGUAUUCACAGUCUUUCACGUCACCACUCGGGGGCUCGGAAAGCUAGGGUCAUGACACCCUUUCAUUCAAUGACUUUUCAAUAAAUAUUCUUUUUUCAAACAUACUGCAAAAAUGUAACUGAAAAAAUACUUAUCACCAUUAAAAAAAUUGAAACAAAAAUUAUAUUUUUGUUAUGAUUAACUACAAAAUUAUUUCAUGAAGAAUUCUAAAAAUCUUGAUUUUAGUAAUUAAAGCACAUAAUUAUUGUGAAGUUGAUUAAUUCUAUAUCUAUGCAGACAGUAUUUAGUGACCUUUUUUGUAAAGAUAACUUGGAAAAUGAGAGCCUACUAUCCAUGUUUAUAAUGCUAGAUCCAGUAGUAUGUGUUAGUCAGUACUACCUAAUGCGAUAUACAUAUUUUGUAAUCAAUCAUUCUUUAUCCAUCCAUUAAGAAUAAGAAACUUUGUCUCCUUUUUACAUGUUCAUAUGAUUACAGCUUUAUGAAAGCAUCGUAAACAUGUUCAUGGAGAAAGUACUAACCUGUGAUGUCUGUUUAGUUUGCCCUGUCUUUGCUUUCUUCUUGAGUAGAUGUACGUUACUUAAUAUGGCAUCAGUUGAAGUGCCAUAUUAAUACCUAUAUUGAUACAUGUGGCACCAGUAUAAUUAGCAUCUUCAUGUUUGCUGUGGCUAUUUCAGUUGUGGAUUUUCAUGUUUUUGCAUUAUUUCACAGUAACAUCAGCAGAUUUUUUUUGUCAUUUUUGUUGUUAAUUAGACAUUUUAUUAUUAGAAGUACAGUUUGCAUCUUUACAUUUAUUUCUUGUUAAGUAUGUACAAGAUAUAUAAUGACUAGUAGAGACCACUUAAAGUGUUUCAGAUUAAUUUCAAUCUUUUGGUUGAAAGUGAACAAUUAGCCUUAAUACUUGUGUGUGUAUGUAUGUAUUACAAACUUAACCUGCUUUGAAUUUGUGCUGUGCUGUUACAACUUCGUUUUAAGAGCCAAUGUUAUCUUCACCCCUUUCAACUAACUACAAAGUUGGUUAAAUUUCAUUUUAACUUUUUGUAAUGAUAUUUGAAGAACCAUCUCUGUACCUUAAACUCAUUUACCAGUAAUGACUGUAUCAGUCUUAUAAUAGUUAGACAUAACAUAAACAGAAUUACCAUCCAUUUCUGUUUCAGUCACUUUUUAAUGUUUACUGUAAAUAGUGAUGUGAACAGAGAAAGUUGAAAUAAUAUAUUUUAAUUAUCCUUGCUAGUUACUACAGAAUUAAAAACAUUUCAGCAUAAAAGUAGGAGUUCAAAUAUAAUACUGUACCUCUACUUUAACCUUGCGUUACAUCCUUUUUCAUGCCAAGAAUAAGAUGUUUUUUGUCUACUUACAUCUUUCGACUUUUGUCAUUACCUGCUGUUAGCAAUAUAUAUUGUGUAUAUUAAAUUCUGUAUGAGAACAUAGUGUCUUUCAUCAUGUCUCACCCCCCCCCUCUAUUGCUAGUGUUUCUAUCAUAUUAUGAUAAUUUGGAGUGUUGUGCAGCGUACAUAUUUUACUUUAUUACUUACAGUAGUGCUGUGAUGUUUUAUGGGUGGGUUUUCUUUAUUUUAUGAGUGUUGUUUGUCAUGUUAGUUAAAACAAAUUUCUAACUUUAACUUGGUUUUAUUUUUAAUUUCUUUUAUUAGUUAUGUAUGAAUUUUGAUAAUAAGUAUAAUAAGGGAGAAUCUAGGUCUUCAUUUUAUGGGUUGUAAAUUCAAUCUGUUUGACUUAUUCAUGCUUCAGGUCUUUGAACUUUCAGUUUUGAAAGUUCAGCAUUUGAUAAUGUAGCAACUUCUUAGUUGAAAAUUUUAGGUAUGAAUGUUAUGUUGCUAUGAGUUUGACCAUAGAUUUUAUUAUAAGUGAUUUUAUUUUCUCCUCCUUUACAUUUGGGACAGUGUCCUUUUGCAUCUGUUUUUUUAUUUUUCCCUCCUUACUUAAUUUUCUUUUUCAGACAUAUUUUUUACCUUUACUGAAUGAUUAUUUUUUAAAAUUUAACAAUGGUAAGUUUUUCUUGUUUGCUUCUUCAAUCAGCAAAUAUUUGUACUAUAUCUAUGCUGUUAUUGGUUUUUUUCCUGGGUGUGUUAACAUAUUCUUUCCAUAACACUUAAUAUCUCUUAACUUUCUAUGAAAAUUUAAUUCUAAUUACUCAUUAAAAAUUAAAUGAAUUUUCUAUGAGCCACCAUUUUACACUUUCUAAUGAAAAAUGUGCUAUGUAAAACAUUUUAAUUUGUUAUAUGUGAUAUUUAUUAAGGAGUAAGACAUAGUACUCUUGAAUAAGUAAUAAGUGGCUCUUCAAGAAAUGCUGCAUAGUAUGUUCUGUGGCAUUUCAGUUUUUUUGCAAUCUCUUAAACCUGUCUUUUGCUUCAUUUUUAUCAAUAAUUUUUUUUUGCUUUCUCUGUACUGAUAGCAGUUUUGUGUGAUGUUGAUUUGAAAUGUUUCAAGACAGGCUCCUUUUUUAAAUUACUAGUUUCAGCUCUAUUAGAUGAAGUCUUAUCUUUUGCAAAAUGUUUGCACACUGAACACCAAACUAACUAAAUGUGUCAUUAUCCUCAUGACGUUUAAAUUCCAAAUUCUGGUGAACUCCAAGUGAUUACAGGUCUAAUCUCUAUUUCAAAAAAGUGGAAUGUUUUACAUUUAAUGACAAGUUCUAGUUCUCGGCCUCAUUUCGCCAUACAGGUGUCGCAUUUAUGCCUUUUCUACAUGUAUAUGUUCACUGAAACUCGAAAACUGUUAUAAUUUUAUUCUUAAACUCUUUUCAACUAAAAAUUAUCCUGAAGCAAUUGGAAAAUUUCCUCAAAAAUAUUCAAUUGCUUCAAUAUGAACAGUUGCAGAAUUUUUAUUUAAAGAAAUAAAGCUCUUCUAGGAUAAACAUAAUCAUUUACUUGUUUUGUUUACAAACAUUUCACAGCACAAUGAUCCAACAAGAGUCAGCACGGCAGGCAUGUGUUUUUAUGCAUCAGUCACAGCAGUUGACUCUUGUUGGGUGGACUGGUGGCUGUCACUUGUCUUAAAACAAGAUCACCCAUCUUGGAAAAUUGGACGAGUGGUAAUUUCAAGCCUUGCUACUUACCUUCCGUAAUAACUAUCUCACUUUGUUUUUAGCCAAGAACAUGCACAGAAAAUCAUUAUUGUUCAACAAUGGGUAAGGAGCUACCAGUAAACCUUAAACAACACAACAGUAUUAGUACUACAAUGUACCCACUGUGAAUGUGAACAAAGAAACUUGGCUUGCCCUAGAUGCUAGUCAUGAGAUAUUCUCAUAUCUCUUCCUUGCCACUCAUCACACACUGCCCUUCCUCAAGACCAAACUUUAUUCAACUACCUCUCUUUAUGAAUUGAAGAAAUUGCAGCUCUAAAUUGACAGUGCAAAGUCUAAAAGUUAGAGGGGAUGAUCUCCUUGUAAAAAAAAAAAAAA